AUGACCUCCGCGCGGGACUCGACAUCGCGACUCCGUCAGACACUCAAUCCUUUGCUGACCACGUCGCUGGGUGGGUUCCACAACAACCAAUUGAACACGCCGCACUCUGCCAUAUCUGCGACGUCGCCCUACGUAUACUCCGCAGUCCAGACACCGGCCAGCUCAAUCCAGCCCUAUAACCCCCAAGAAUGGGGCCCAUCUCCCGCCGUGGAACGGACACACCAGUUCCCGCCUCCACAGUCGCAUGAUGCACCACAAGGCUCGCCCCUUCCGCCACCACCGUACUCGCCACCAAGAAGCCAAAGGCCCGCGAGCGUAACAGUUGAGACGCCGCCGGCCAACACCUCGUCGGCUCGUGCGUCCGCGCCCAUGUUGCAUAGACCAUCGCCGGAACCACAAGCGCCUCAAAACUUCCCACCGCCUCCGAAUGUAGGAGGCAGAGGGGCUUCUCGCGAAAGGCGAUUCGGAUUUCCAUCUUUGAGCCGAAGGAGAGAUGCCGCGGAGUCAACAUCUCCGCCCGAGACACAUCCCCCGAUCUCAAUAUCACGGCCACAACCACUUUCCAUCCAAGUACCGCAUCUCUCGGAAAGGGUGGAGUCCUCGCCAGCCAUUGUAGCUCCGAAUGCGAGGAGAGCUGCAUCCACGAGUGCGAUUGAAACGCCAACAUCCGCUCGAUCCAGGUCGGCAUCCCAGUCAAGAUGGGGACCCGGCAUGCCUGUUCCCCCGCCCCCACCCGGGCCACCUCCUUCCAACUCACGAUCUCAGAGUCUGAACCGAACACCUGAACCUGUCUUAUCGCCCCCUACCCGGAGACCGCCACCAGGAGGUGUCACCGCCCUAGGUCCUGUGCCACCAACGCCUGCGGAUUGGGUGGAGGAAGACCAUAGGAACACGCAACGUCCGGAACAGCAAGCCUUGAGCAUAGACACAGCGAGUGCGUCGAGCUCUGCCUCACAGCCAGCAGAUGAGUCCACAUCUGGAUCCAGUUCCGCAGGUGGGCAAUUGACCAGAACUGGUGCCGUGAGAGGGGAGAAGUCCAUCCGCGAACGACGUAAUGAAAGCCGUACAAGACACAGCAGAGGCGAUUCCAAUGCAAGUGUUCCGCAAUUGUCAGAUAUUGUCGUUCCACAAGGCUCCGGCCUAACCCGGCGCUUCUCCGUCCACAAGAACACCCCCAGGAGCGGCGGCAGGGCUUCUCAAGACACGCCUUGGUCUGGCCAGACCGACCUGAAUACCGACUCAAGAAACUCGACUCCGCGCCUUUCAUCGGGUAUGCACCCAGAAACGCCCACGCCUCCAUUCUCACCUUUGCCACGGAAAUCGCAUCCCAUAACAGACAAUGGGCAGCCUCUGGCACCGAAAGCCUUGCCAACACCGCCCCCUCAAAGCCGGUCUGCAUCAAGCUCAAGUGUCACAAGACCAGAACUACACAACUCUAUCGGGAGCAUCGUGCUUGGCCACCCUCCAUCCACUCCGAUGACCAAGCAGACCAUCGUUAGUCAGACUGCCGACCAGUUUUCGAGAGGCACCAUAGAGCGGUUCCAAAUCUUCGCUCAGAGGGAAGCAGCUGCAGCCUCGGAUGCCGACCGUGUCAAACUUUUCGCCGAUUUCAUCGUGAACGAGUCAAGACUACGGCGAGAGAGAUACAGUUCGGCAAUUGGUGCCAUGGGGUCUGAGAUUUUUGAUCUUACUCGUGACUUGUUCCGCCCCAUGAAACCGAGGAGGGACUCUACAAACUCUGAGAUGAGUGAAUGGACGCCCCAGAUGUCGGAGAACAAAUCAAACAGAAACUCGAUCGGGUCCAUUUUUGGCAGAGACAGUAUUCAGCAAUCUAAUUCAGCGCCAGCAUCUGCUGGAGUGCCCAUCUCUCCCGUCGGUGGACCCCCAAAUAACGCCAACUGGAACUCGGGGUACAAGCCAGCUCUGUCACCAAUUCUCAGCAUGAGUGUUAGCGAAGCGCCUGAUGAUAGGAGCUCUCGCGGUCGGCCUUCCAGUCGAUGGUGGGAAGCGGAUUCUGCUGGCGAAUCCUCUCAGCGCCUCGAGAGAUCGAAGAGAGAAUCAAAGUACAUGGGUGUCCCCAAAGAAGCCCGAGAAGCUCUUCAGUGGAGCGAUCCUCCGACUAGUGCAGAAGCAUAUGCGAGUUCCAGCAAGGGUUAUGGACCUGAUGAGUAUCCGCCAGAGAAGCAAGGGUGGCAUGAGACAGAGCAGUCCGGUACUCCUCAACCUUUCAGGAGGUCGUUGCUGUCUCUCCCAGCCUCAACACCGAAUACGCCGAGCCCUCUUCAUCUUGAUGUGUCACGGCUGGUAACUCUUCCACCGCCAUAUCCACGACAUCAUCCGGCAGUCAACAACAACCACCCAGAACUCACGGAAAUCCGUGCCCUCGUACGGACACUGAGCGACAUGAAGGAGCUCCAAGACAUGAAAGAACUUGCUACCAAGGAAAGCCGACAGAAGCGCGAUGAAGCAGCAAAGGCAUCAUCACAGCGCCGCCAAACACUUCGGAUCAACUUGCAGCGGGAAGUCAGUGCUGGGACUAUGUCGUAUGCAGAUGCGGCUGCCAUCGAAGCGGAUUCUGCCGAUUCCGAGCGUGCGCAAUCGAAGGACCUGGAAAAGCAAGAUUUUGACCGUUUCCAAAAUUCUGUCGUUAUGCCUUCGAACGAAAUCCUCACAGGGCGUAUCGGCCAGGCGACAUCCCUUUUCGACGAUUUGCGAUCGCGGCUAUUCGUGGAGACUCAUACGAGCGACCCCAACAUGCCCCAAGAAGAAGGCGAUGAGAAACCUGAACUCCUGGAAAAGCUCACACUUCUGAAAUGGAUCUUUGAGGCACGGGAGACUCUACACCGAGAGAUUUUCGACCUCCUUAGCGACCGCAAUGACCGUUACAAGGAGAUGGUGAUACUGCCGUACAAAUUGACCGGUAAUGAGGAGAAGAUAUCCAGUGCGCAGGCGUUUUUCGCUGAGGACGCUGAGAAGAGACGGGUUGCUUUUGCGAACGAAGUUCUCCACCGAACACGUGAGUUCCGCAGUGUUGUGGAAGAAAAUGUAGCACGCGGUAUAGACAUGCAGCUCAACGCGUUUUGGGAUAUCGCGCCCCCGCUGAAGAGCUUGUUGGAUAAGGUGCCGCAGAGCCUUGAGGAUUUCCGCAUCCAGAUUCCACCGGUAGAGUACGAGGAGAACCCGAGCUAUCACGAACAUCCGCUUCAGUAUCUGUUCUCGUUGCUACUCCAUGCCGAAAAGAGCACUUACCAAUUCAUCGAGAGUCAAACAAACCUGUUCUGCCUUCUGCAUGAAGUCAAGGAGGCUGUCAUGAUGGCUCGCAUGAAGGUGAGCGAAGCUGAAGGACAAGACAGCAGGAGUCUCGAGGAACAGAGAAAAGCGGAACAGAAGAGGUUAACAGAUGAUCUGAAAGAGAAGGUUAGGGUGGUUCGAGGUCAAUGGGAUGAGGGUCUUGGUGACGGGGUCCGGGGUGUGAAGGAAAGAGUUGGAGAGUGGUUGCUGAGCACGGGUGGUUGGGACGAGAAUCUUGAAGACGUGGGCCCGACGUCUUGA